UGUGGAUCCAACCACGCCCCCUGGAUCUUAUGUUCUGCAGUGAGGGGCUGCUGGCUUUUGGACGUCACUCCAGCGUCUCUGCCUCUGAUUGGUGGAAACGACGAGAAUGGGCGUGUCUUAGCGGCGUGGCACCGUCUGCGGGGCGGGGCCUUGGGGUCGUACAGGAAAAGAUAAAGAAAGCGAGGACAUCUGAAAGAAAAACGAUGGCUGCAAUUCGUAAGAAGCUUGUAAUCGUUGGGGAUGGAGCAUGUGGAAAGACGUGUUUACUCAUCGUUUUCAGUAAAGACCAGUUUCCUGAGGUCUACGUACCCACAGUGUUCGAGAACUAUGUUGCUGAUAUUGAGGUGGACAGCAAACAGGUGGAACUGGCUCUAUGGGAUACAGCUGGACAAGAGGACUACGACAGGCUGAGGCCCCUGUCCUACCCAGACACUGAUGUCAUCCUCAUGUGCUUUUCCGUAGACAGCCCUGACAGUUUGGAGAAUAUCCCAGAAAAAUGGACGCCGGAGGUAAAACAUUUCUGUCCAAAUGUGCCAAUAAUUCUGGUGGGUAAUAAAAAAGAUUUACGGAAUGAUGAUCACACUCGACGGGAGCUGCAGAAGAUGAAACAGGAACCAGUUAAACCAGAGGAAGGGCGAGACAUGGCUAAUCGCAUCAAUGCCUUCGGCUACCUUGAGUGUUCGGCUAAAACUAAGGAUGGCGUGAGGGAAGUGUUUGAAAUGGCCACAAGAGCGGCGCUCCAAGCCAAAAAACGUGGCAAGAAGAAUCCCUGUGCUUUGCUAUAGAGAGGAAAACGAGAGAGGAAAAGAAUGAGGGAGGGAAAGGGGUAACCAAACUAGGCCAAGGAAAAUGAAAGAGCUAUAAAAGUUCGCAAAUAGAGGGAAGAAACGCCCCUAGUGUUAAUUAUGUACUCGGGGGUCAGGGAGGGUCAUUUUCAAUCCAGGCCAAAGGAAACUACAGAAGAUUGUAGGGACAACUGCACCGGCAAAAAGGGACUUCAACAUUUUUAUGGCCAUCAGUCCUCUUUCAAAUCAAGAUUAGUUGACCUUAAGCCUUCAGACUGAUCACAAGUGUAAGGAUAGUGUAUAUGUAGGGUAAAGAUUGACAUGGUUUCACAGUGGCUCACAAUCACUGAUUGCUUUUGGGGUGGGAUUAUAUGCGAUGUAUUCUUUGGCCCGUACCACAUCUUCUGCUUAGAAGGUCAGCACUGUUAGCAAGAACAGAAACAAACGACUUGGUCUAAAAAGAUUCCUUUUUUGGCACUAAGUGCAUUAUUCAGGGUGUAAAAGGCAUUAGUUAGUACCCUACAUCAUAUAUGCUACAUGUCAAGCAGGGAGUUGUUUUUGGGAUCAAGACAUCGACUCCCGUGAUCCCCUUUAUAAACCUCCCAGAAACCCAGUGCCGUCUUAUGUAUAACAUUCACGCCUGUCCUUCGUACUAUGAUUUUCUGUUUAAUGAUCUUUUUUCUUACGUUAACACACUAAUACUGUUGGUUAACACAACUGGUUCCUCUGUGCCCUCCUGUCCUGUCGCAAAAUUAGCGGUUUAGUCACUGGUUUAAAAUAGCUGAAAGUAGUGGUAGUCUUACAAUUCUUUAUUCCAAUAAGAUUUAAAUACAUCUUGUACUUUUUUUGCCAUUUGCCUAUAAAAUUCAAAGUAAGAUGCAUUAAGCAAUGAUCAUACUAAUUCAACUUUUUUGUGAGUAUUUUAUGUGCUUGCUCAUGUAUUGUAAGUAAAAAAAGAAAAAACUUUGGGUUAAUCAGCCCUCGUGGAGCUCAAAGCAAAACCACAGCUCUGUAUGUUGACUGUCAGACACUGUUUGAUUUUUGGCUAUAUAUAUAUAUGUUUUAUAAAAGGUGACAGUAACAUUAUUUUUGCCCGUAUUCCUCUUUGCCUGCAUGACAGGCUUUUAUUUGGUGUGCGGAAAUACAAGUGAAAUUUCUUUAUCUCACUGUAUAAAUGAGAAACUCCCUCCAUUUUCACUCCAUUUGUUUUCUUUUUAUGAUUCCCCUCUUUUUCUCCUGUACUGUAUGGUUUUCUUUUUUUUUUUGUGAAAUUCUACUGGCUUAUACUAUAUAAUUUUUGCGUAUUUUACAAAUUCUAGUAUCUUAGAAUUUAAAAGUUUUAAAAUAAAUAAAGAAGGAAAAAAAGUAGCGAAAAUGUGAUUUUGAGAGAGCUGUUUAAUGCCAUAUUAUUAAAUGCAAGUAAUUUCUUAGAAGAGAUUCUGCAUUUCAUUGUAAGAAAAAAAGAGCCUUUGAUGCAUCAAUUAUCUUUUGUAUACCAGUGCAUCUUUGGAUUUCCACAGACUCUAAUAAAUUCUUAUAGGGUAA